CGCUGAUUGCAUUUUUGCAAUCGUAAGCUUUCUUGCGUUUUCGGAAAACCGAUUUACGCCUCCGCAAACUGCAGGCUGCAAGUAGUGUUGUGACUUGUGAGGGACGAAGUUCCAGUUCAGUACUGUACAGAUACUGAAGCGCGGCCAUGGCAAUGGCAUACGCUGGAUUCCCAAUGCAGAGCAGUCCGACACUGAAUUUUUCGUGCAAAAUCCCUACGGAACAGUUUGCCUUGGAGGAUUUGGGCUCCAGCUCCCUGCGUUACAGCUGCGAUAUUAACGUAGAGGCAGGAGCUAACUAUCCGCAGAUCCCAUCGUCUACCUGGACCGUCAAAAUCACGAUUGGCGCCAUUGACGGCAGUAUUGUGGCCAAUGUAGCUCCGAAAGGACCGUCCAAUCAGACCAAAUCGUCUGGUACAUUAUUAGUGGAAUGCCGGGUUAGCCCGAGCUGGGAAGGAUCAUGUGACAACGUUGUACGGAUCGAUGAAACUGGAUGGAAUUUAGGCCCGGAGAAACUCAUCCAGCUUAACCAGCUUGUCCAGAAAAUAUGUUUGCCCUGUGGAAAGAGCCACUGCUCCCUGAAGAAGAACGCUUUUGUAUAUGUCGAGUUGACAUUCCACAUUGAUCUUGAUUCCCUGGAAGCUGCGGUUAAUCGUGCUGAUUUGAAGUACCUCUUUGAUUCCCAUAUGCUUUCGGACUGUACUUUAGCUUGUCAGGGACAGGAAUUCCCCGUGCAUCGCGCCAUUCUGGCUGGUCAAUCGCCUGUCUUCGCGGCCAUGUUCCAAAACGACAUGCUAGAGAAAUCCACGGGAAUCUGCAAAAUUACCGACAUCAGUGCUGAUGCUCUGAAGGCUAUGAUAGAGUAUGUAUACAAGCGUGAGGAGGUGUACAUGCCAACGGAUAACGGAUUGAUGGAGCUGUGGACGGCGGCCGACAAGUACGACAUGGCGGAUCUGCGCGCUGAAUGCCUGCGCGAGAUGCUGCGGAUGAUGAAGGCGGAUACUGCUUUAACCUAUUUCGAUUUCGCUCGUCAACACAAACUGAAGAAACUCCGAGCGGCAGCUGCACGGCUGAUCAGUCUGGAUGUGAACGAGAACGAAUAGAUCUUGCAACAUGUUUGUGCGUUUCGCUUUCUGGCGGCUGACUGGGUCAGACCGACUGUUUUGUUCCCAUGAUUUUGUGGAAGUUUUUUCGCUCGUGUCUGCAAACAGAGUGGAUUUUAUCGUCCAGACUAUUGGAGCGAACUAUUAUCCUGCAUGCGUUAAUGGCGUUGUAUGUUUUAAUUCUUUUGCUUUUUUUGGUGGAUCUGAGGCAUUUAAAGUGCAAAAUGGAAUUGUUUUAUUGUGACCACUUGCUGCUCUCGUUUGCAGAAGUGUAUCUCCGGUCUUUA